AUGAACAAGAAAUUGAGAUAUUCCAUUGCAGUUGCAAAUGCAGCUGGUAAAUCUGGAACUUCAUGUUUUCAUUCUAAUCAUGUCCUAGUCUUUCUACUUACAAAAUUAAGUUUCUUUUUUGUUUUGCAUAUCGAGCGUUAUCGUAGGAAGACAGCACAUCAUCUAAGGAAUCUUGAGGAGUGUUCGAGCAACAUCACAUAG